AUGGCAUUGGGGCAGAAUCAUACGACAGUGACAAGAUUCAUCCUGCUGGGCCUCACAGACCAGGCAGACCAAAAACAACUCCUCUUUGCCAUCUUCCUGCUGAUCUACUCCAUGACUCUUGUGGGCAACCUGGGCAUGAUAGACCUGAUCCACGCCAGCUCUGCCCUCCACACCCCCAUGUACUUCCUCCUGAGUGUGCUCUCCUUCCUUGACAUCUGCAAUUCCUCUGUGUUUACCCCCAGGUUGCUGAUCAGCUUCCUCACCACUGACCAGUCCAUCUCCUUUGCAGGCUGUGUGGCCCAGAUGGCCCUCACGGUCCUCCAUGGUGCAGGGGAGUGUCUGCUCCUGACCAUCAUGGCCUAUGACCGAUUUGUGGCCAUCUGCCACCCUCUCCUCUACCACACCAUCAUGUCCAAGCGCUUGUGUGUCCAGCUAGUGGUGGUCACUUAUGCUAUGGGGGUGUUCUUUUCAGCUCUGCAGACAGGGAAUGCCUUCAUCUUGCCCUACUGUGGUCCCAACGUCAUUGAUCACUACUUCUGUGACAUCCCCCCAGUGCUUCAACUGGCCUGCUCAGAUACCACUGUGGCCAAUGUUAUCCUUUUCUUCUUUUCUGCCUUGGUCACUGUCCCCACAGUCUCAGUCAUCUUGGUUUCUUAUGCCUACAUUCUGGUCACAAUCUAUAAGAUGAGGUCCCUGGAGGCCCAGCGCAAGGCCUUCUCCACCUGUGCCUCCCACCUCACUGCCCUCUCCCUCUUCUAUGUGCCUCUCUUCCUUGUAUAUGUGCAACUCAACCCUGAAAGUGCUUCAGCCUAUAACAAAAUCCUGUCUGUGUUGUACACCAUUGUGAUCCCUAUGCUGAACCCCUUGAUCUACAGCCUAAGGAAUAAAGAUGUCAAGGCUGCUGUGCAAGUUAGGGUUCUUAACCUAAGCAGAAAAGAAAUUUGUUAG